GGCUUUUCUUCUUUCAGUCAGUUUCAAGGCAGACUUGCCCGCUGCAGGUGGCGCCCGUGUCCUGUUUUGUCGCGCUCGUACUCGCGGCGCGAGGCGGCCUGUCCGGCGGGGGGCCGUGUUGUGUUUACGUUUGUGUCCGACGCGGAGUUUGUGUAUUUUCGCUCCCCUGGGGACCGCCGCACCGCCCCAGCCGUGCAGCCGAGUGCCGUCGCGCGGCCCGAGGGUGCACAGCGCCGAGUUCUCCUCCUCUUGGAUUUACUGAAGAAAGGACGAGGGCCCGCCAUGGUCCCCCGGGCAGGACGGCGGCCGUCUUCGCGGGGGUGAUCGGCCCCGUGCUUUGUGAUCAUCCGCGCUCGACUUCCCCCCCGCUCGGCCGUUCGCUCGGCGAAGGGAAGGUGUUUGGAUAUCUUAUCCGGUUGUGUCCCUGUGGCCCGUGCUGGCUGGAUUAGGCGCGGGCUGAGCCGUGCAGUGCGAGAUGCGCGGUGCAGUGGAAGAGUGAGGUUAUGUUGCCCCGUGUUGUGCCCGCGAUGACGCGCUGGUGCGGGGCCCUGGUGGCCCUGCUGCUGGCGUUCACCGCCCCGCCGUGCAGCAGCGGCAUGGCCUCGAGGAUCAAGGCCCGCCCCUCGGUUGUGGGGCCUGGACAGGGCCAGCUUGGGCAGGACGGCGCGUCGCAGUCGAUGCAGACUCUCGGGCAGGACAGCCUGCCCCACCACGGCCGGUGUGAGAGGAUCACCAUUCCGUUCUGCCUUGACAUCGCCUACAACGAAACCAUCAUGCCCAAUCUGCUGAACCAUCAGCGGCAGGAGGAUGCCGGUCUGGAGGUGCACCAGUUCUUCCCACUUGUCAAAGUCAAGUGCAGCCCUGACCUGCAGUUUUUCCUGUGCUCCAUGUACGCGCCAGUGUGCACCAUCCUGGACAAGGCCAUCCCCCCUUGUCGAAGCCUGUGCAGGUCCUCCAGGCAGGGCUGCGAGCAGCUCAUGAUGAAGUUUGGCUUCCCAUGGCCUGAAAACCUUGACUGUGAGCGCUUCCCUGAAUCAGGUGGCUCAGAGCUGUGUGUUGGAGAAAAUACGACAGCAAGUAUGGACACUGGUGGGGGAUCAACAGUUUCUGUAGGAAAUGUUCAUGGAAAUCCAGGCUCUAGUAGAAACUAUGGGUCCAACCCUCCUCAACAGCCACACAACCACAACCUUGGCUUUACGUGCCCUGUUCACUUUAGUGUUGCUGAGAGGCGCAACUAUACCCUGAAAGUAGGAGACAAAGUUGAGAAGAACUGUGGGGCUCCAUGUCAUAGUAUGUUUUUCAAUGACGAUCAAAGAGCAUUUGCAAGAAGAUGGGUUGGAGGCUGGUCAGUUGUGUGUGCAGCAUCUUGUCUGUUUACCGUCUUGACCUUCAUGAUUGACACUGACCGCUUUAGAUACCCAGAAAGACCAAUAAUUUUUCUGUCAGUGUGUUACCUUAUGGUGGCCCUUGCCUAUGUGUUUGGAUACGCUGCUGGCGACACUAUAGCCUGUGAAAAGGUUGAACCUCGUCAAAACCCUGACUUUGGCUCUGUACCGCGACCACCUUUAAUUACACAAGGAACUGACAACCGGCUGUGCACCAUCCUUUUCAUGGUGCUCUACUUCUUCAGCAUGUCGUCAAGUAUCUGGUGGGUGGUGUUAACACUCACCUGGUUCUUGGCGGCAGGGCUCAAGUGGGGCCAUGAAGCCAUUGAAGCCAACUCGCACUACUUUCAUCUUGCGGCGUGGGGAGUACCUGGAGUCAUGACCAUCAGCAUUCUUGCUCUUGGCAAAGUUGAAG